GCUACCGCCCCUUCCGCCGAGGCGAGGGGCGGCCGGGCCGGGCGCGCAGGAUGCUCCGGUCCCUCUGGAGUUUCCUCAAGCGGCACAAGAAGAAAUGCCUCGUUCUUGGCACCUUCCUCGGCGGAGUUUAUUUACUGGGAAAAUACGGGCAGAAGAAAAUCAGAGAAAUCCAAGAACGAGAGGCAGCUGAGUACAUCGCCCAAGCGCGAAGGCAGUAUCAUUUUGAGAGUAAUCAGAGGACGUGCAAUAUGACAGUGCUGUCAAUGCUUCCAACAUUGAGGGAUGCCUUAAUGCAUCAAUUAAAUUCUGAGAGUCUCACAUCCCUUCUUAAAAAUAGGCCAGCAAACAAGUUAGAAAUAUGGGAAGAUUUAAAGAUAAUAAGUUUCACAAGAAGCAUUGUAGCUGUAUAUAGUACCUGUAUGCUAGUAGUUCUUUUGCGAGUCCAGUUAAAUAUUAUUGGCGGUUACAUCUACCUUGAUAAUGCUGCGCUCUGCAAAAAUGGCACAACACCACUAGCUCCCCCUGAAGUUCAGCAGCAAUAUUUAUCAAGUAUUCAGCACCUUUUAGGAGAUGGACUGACUGAGUUGAUAACUAUUGUUAAACAAGCUGUGCAUAAAGUCUUUGGAAGUAUUUCUCUUAAGCACACCCUGUCUCUCCUGGAGCUGGAACAGAAACUUAGAGAGAUCAGGAAAGUAGUGGAACAUAAAGAUUCAGAUCAGAUUGUAUCUUACUCUCCCUUAUGUCAUUAUCUGAUGCCAGAUGAAGAAAACCCCUUGGCUACCCAGGCCUGUGGACUCACAGAAAGAGACAUUGCUACAAUUAAAUUACUUAAUGAAACUAGAGACAUGCUAGAAAGUCCGGACUUCAGUACAGUUUUAAGCACGUGUUUAAAUAGAGGAUUCAGUCGACUGCUGGACAACAUGGCAGAGUUUUUCAGACCUACUGAACAGGACCUCUCUCAGAAUGGCUCUGUAAAUAGUCUUUCCAGUGUCAGUCUUCCUUUAGCCAAGAUAAUUCCAAUAAUAAAUGGGCAGAUCCAUUCAGUAUGCAGUGAAACACCCAGUCACUUUGUUCAGGACCUGUUGAUGAUGGAACAAGUGAAAGAUUUUGCUGCUAAUGUUUAUGAAGCUUUUAGUACCCCUCAGCAACUAGAGAAAUGAACUGCACAUUUAUAGGAAGAGAUCGGGUAUUUAUAACAACUCCCUUGUGACUACUGAUGAGCCUUGGGUUAAUUUUAUACUGGUGUAGGAGCAGCAGACCAGCAGAAAGAACAUUCUGAAGGAAGUAAGAGCAAGCCCAUACUUGUAAUACAAUUCUGUUUCAAGCACCUGUUAAAAAUACUCUUGUUGAAAGAAUCAUUGUAUGUAAAGACUUUUCUAUUAAAAAAAGUAGUUAAACUCUUCCAUAAUUCAUUUGAUUAUUUUUUACUGAAAGGCAUCUGGUGGCCAUAUCACGACGAGUUACUAAAAACCCAUUUGUUUGCCUGGGGUGUGUAAGUUUUGGAAAAAAGUUAUGAUGGUGAUCCAAGAAUAGCCCAGGGAGCAGAGUUGAAGUAAGGCUUCUUUCUUCUUCUCCCAAAUUUUUCUUUUUAUAAAAGAAAACUUUUUUGUUUCCCUUACCUUCACAAAUGUUAUUCCAAAGAGUCCCUCCUUCUUCAGAAAGCCUUUGCCAACUGAUGCGUGUUCCUCUUGAACAAGCUGGGGGAGUGCUCUCUCUUACCUAAUACUAAAGGAAUGUGGAUUUUUAGAGGUUCUCUCGUUUAUGCUGUUCAAACAGCUAUGCUGUACACAUUAUCUUGUAAAUAUUUUAUCUUAAUUUGUAUUAAUUUUGAGCCCAACUGUCUGUAUUGUAAUAAAAUAUUUUAAUGUAA